UUGAUAUUGAGAACGGUCCCACAUAUCCAAAACCACCGCCGGGGAAGCUCAGAUCUCCAUAAGCUUCCCCGAAGCCCGAAACGGAGCCGGAAAACUAGAAAGAUUGAGAAGAAAGGUAAGUGAAAUGUCAGUUGUACCCUCCUUUCUUCGCCUUCACUCUCCGUUCCUUUACUCCUCUCUUCACCUCUCUUCUUCUUCUGCUUCUUCUCUCAUUAACAAAACCCUAAGAAAUCGACGGUCAGCGGCAUCAUAUCCGUGCAUCAAGGCUCUGGAUCUUGAUCAAAACACGAUAGUGGCGAUAUCGGUGGGGCUUGUAAGCGUCGCUGUUGGGAUAGGAAUUCCAGUUUUCUAUGAAACCCAGAUAGACAAUGCUGCGAAGCGUGACAACACUCAGCCUUGCUUCCCCUGCAAUGGAUCCGGAGCUCAGAGAUGCAGAUUUUGCAUGGGAACUGGAUCUGUGACAGUGGAGCUUGGUGGGGAUGAGGAAGAAGUGUCAAGAUGCAUCAAUUGUGAUGGUGCUGGAUCUUUGACAUGCACCACAUGUCAAGGCAGUGGUAUUCAACCUCGAUACCUUGAUCGCAGGUACAAGUCACUAUAUCCUAUCUUAAUUACCCUUGAUGCAAGCAUGGAAUUAACAAAUAGUUAGGAAAGGAAAAACACAUGGCUGUGUACUUUCCUCGUGUAAAAUGAUAAUAUGGAUUCCAGUUCUUACAAGUAACCUGUUGGCAAGCCACAACUAAUUAACCUGCACCUGGAAAGGGAUAGUCAAGCAUGAAUAGUUAAUCACAAGAGGCCACCCAUCUAAGCCCCCCAAAAAAUAACCAGGGAAUGAACUAAUUCAGUUCAAAACAUUAAUGCGAUGUCUGGUGCGCUGAAAUGGAAUAUAUUGAGAGUGGAAUGAAUGAAAAAUUAGAGGGUUUAUGUGUAAAAUUGUACAGAUCAAUUUCAGUGCAUUUCAUUCCAUUCUUGCAUAUCAAACAACUCGUAAGAAUGAAGGGACAGAUAUGACCAAAUCAGAAUAUGCGCGCGCGUGUAUGUGAGAUUGUGCAAGUGUAUUCUUAUCAUUGUAUUUAUGUUUAGAAACUUAGAGCAGAACUAUGAUAAUACCAAAUACAAAUGUUUGGUAUUUUACUUGGAACCAUCUGGAGAGACAAUCCAGCUGCAUGCUCUAGAUGAGAAAAUUAGUGUAUCAAAAUCUUGAUUUUAAGGGAGAGAGUUGGAACUUCCAUCUGUGUUUGUUUUGCGGAAUGGAAUGGGGUGAAAACAGAUGAAAUGAAAAUUUGAAUGGAGAACUUGAAAAAAAGUGAUAAAAUCGAUCCUAGUCUGCCCAAUUCCAUUUCAUUCUUAUAUACCAUACAUGCAUUAAAUUAAAUAGUGUCAAUGAUGGUUUAUUUAUUUAUUUACUUUUAUAAACUGAGCAGAGAAUUCAAAGAUGACGAUUGACUCUUCGAAUAAGCACGAUUCAGGAAUUGAUCGAGAUGAUGGACGGAGGAUAAUUAACUAUUAGUUGAUAGGACAAAGAUAGAGCCAAUUCAUUGCUUUCUCUCGGUUGAAUUAAUGUUUCUCCGGCCUCCUGUUGUUGUAUAGUUCUAUGAGCAAUGUAGCAUUCUCCUUUUACACAGCUUUCAUGCUUCUCUUGGUAAAUGUUUGUGGAUAAUGGGGUGCUUGAGAUUGCCUCAAUGGCACCAAAGGUUCAAUUUCAGAUGUUAAGACAAUUUUAUUUUA